AAUAAUAAAUAAAUAAAUAAAUAAUGUUAUAUUAAGAUUAUUAUGAUUAUGAUUAUUGACAUAUGAUGAUUGUCCUUAUUAAAAUUUAUUCUAUAAUUUUCUCAUAUGGAAUUAAUCUAUCUAUAUGAUAGUUGAUUAACUUAAUUGUGGAAAAUACUUAUAGUGUAACUUCUUUCUUAAUUUAUGUUAUUAUUAUUUUUCUUCAAAAAAAUUUUUAUUAAUUUUUUUUUUAUCAGAAACAUAAAAUCAAUCAAACUUUAUUGAUUUAAUUGACAAAUAAUUUAAUAAAUCUUGAUCUAGAUCAAUUUAAAUAGAUCACAAUAUCCGAUAAUGGCAAAUUCAUCUAAUAUCACAAAUAAUAAUGAUGUUGAAGAUUUGAUAAAUAAGGAAUUAAAUCAAGAAGAACAAAAUAUUGUAGAUUAUUCUGACAAGAAUAUUUCUAUUUCAAUGACAAGUGAACAUGAAUUAGAUGAAUCAAAUCAACAUAAUAAUGUAAAUUUAACUGAAUCAUCAAGUGAAUAUAUCAUAGAUAACAAAAAUGAUCUAAUAACUGAAGUUGAAACACAAAAUCUAACACAAAUUGAAUCCGGUGAUAAUUUGAAAUUAGAAUGUGAAGAAAUGCAUCCAAAUGUAAAUGAGAAUGAUGAUAAUGAAUCACAUAAUACUAGUGAAUUAUGUGUAAACGAGAAGAUAAUAUCUCAUAAUGAUAUUACAGAAUUUCAGAUAAAUGACGACGAAGAAACAAAACUUAAUUUGGAAUCUUUAAAUUCCAGUAAACAAUGUGAUCAAGAGUUUUACACAAGUAAAUUCCUUGAACAUACCUCUGUAGAAGAGUUAGAACCUACAGCUUUAAUAACUGACUACAGUGAUCCCACUGAAAAAUAUAUAGAAGAAAAUCAUCCUCCUAGUGAUAAAUCAGAGACAUAUUCCAAUAUUAUAGACGACCAAGAAGGUGAAAGUAACAUAAAUGCUGCAAAGUUAGAGUUUUCGGAUAUAAGAGAAAGUAAAGACAUGAUUAAUGUACAUAGUCCUUUAGAAGUAACAAGUUUAUCAAGUUUGAAAAACGAUGAAAUAGACAGGAAUAAAUGUGAAACAGUACUCGAAGAGUCAUUUGAUCAUUUUACUGAAGAAAACGUUAUACCUCAACAUCAUGAGAACGUACACUUGACUGAGGAAAAUGAAAAAUCCGAACAGUUACUUGGGAGAAUCACACUACAAGAAGUAAUGAGUCUAACUGAACCAGGUGAACACCUUCCCACUGAUAAAAAUGAUAUACCGUUUGACUUUAUUGCACAUGAUGUAAAAGAUGAAGUAGAUGAAAAUCUCAGUAGAAGUAGUAUAGGUAGUGUUGAAGACAUUAUUCAAACACCUCAUGAGAAAAUCGAAACAAAAUCUGAUUACAACAUAUCUACAUCAAUUGAUCAACCAAAUAAUGGAAGUGACGAACAGUCAGACACUCAAGUAGAUCAUAAUAAAGAGGAAAUAUGCAAUGUACCAUCUGAAUCCCAUACCGAGGAUUGUAUUCCAUUUGCAGACUACUCAAAAGAAGUCGAAUUUCCUGUAGUAGAAGAACAGAUAACUACAGAAUUUGAAUCCCAUCAUGUAGAAAUAGAAAACAUUGAUAUCAUAAAUACACCUUCCCCUAGUUUGAAUCAUACGACAGAACAACAAAAUUUCAGAGCUGAUAUCAUUACAGAUUACCUUAAUAAAGAUGAUUAUGACGAUGACAAAACCAAACUGUAUACUGAAGAUCAAGGUAAUGUUGGAAAACAAGACCGCUUACAGUGUUCAAUGAAUAGUGACUCAUCAAAUCUUCAACAAACUAACUCUCCAUCAAUAAAUGACGUAAAAAAUACUGAAAUCGAUGAGAUAAAAAACCGAACUUCUGAUAAAGACAUAUGUGAAGAAAAUGGCCUGGAAAGUGGUUCAUUAUUGUACGCUACACAAAAUCUUAUCAAUGAGUUACAGACAGUUGAGCACUUAACAGAUGACGGACCGGAACCGUUGAAUAUCGCUGUAGAUAUUCAAGGUGAUGAAUUAUAUAACGCUAAAAUACAUAAAAGGUCAACAUUGGAACAUUACGUAACAGAGCAACAUUCCAAUGGUGAUGAUAAACGUAGUAUCAGUAAUUAUAAAGUAGAAAACAUUUCACCCAAAUAUUUUGAAGAACAUCAAUCAUUAAGGAAUGAAAGUAAUGAAAAAGAAUCAACUCCGGAAAAGUUAAACAACCAACUGAAAUCCAAACCUUUAAAUGAUGUAAAUAAAAAUACAGCACUUAGGAGGAUAAGCAAUGAUGUUGAUGAGAUAAGCCUGAAUUCAGAAGGUGAACAGAGAACCGAGUUUGAACAACGCUAUGCAGAAUUAAUUGCAAAGUAUCUACCAGUUGAGAGACAAUCAAAAAAGAAUGAUAGAUCAAGACGAACUAAAACACUAGACAGAUAUAGUAAAUCCAAAUUUAAUGAGAAUAGAUACUCAUAUAUAGAUACAAGUGAUGUUAAAAAAAGAUCAGUAACCCUGGAACGCAAUGAAUUUAGACGUAAACGACGCCUGCAACCAAAACCAUCUGUUAAUGAUGAUUACUUGUAUCCAGAUUCAGUAACACCAUCUAAGGUAGACAAAAGUAUAAGUGUACGAAGUUUAGAGGAGGGUAUUCCAGAAGGUGCUUACGAUGUACCAUAUAUUGAUGAUGACGCUUUCUUGCCACGAAGAUUACGUGAAAAUAAAGGUGAAGAUAAUGGAUCAGAUGAAGGUAGUAGUCUGAGUCUGGAGGAAGAUUAUUGCUCAUGGAAUCCUGACAGAUUUAGUAGACUAGAAGCUAAUCAUAUAGCUGAUACUAACGAAUGUGCUCCCACUCCAGAGAAUUCACAUUUCUCAUAUUUACAAAUAAGAAUCACUUAUGUUUCAAACAAACAUUUAUUUUCUUACUAUAUGACCUUAGAAAAAUGACCUGAAAUUAGAAAACAACUACUGUAUUUUAGUCAGCAUUGAAAUUUAGGGCGUUUUUAAAUACUAUCCCAUCAACAAUUGAUUUUUACCAUUAAGAUUAGUCAUCGUGACUUCAAUAAACUGUUAAAUCUUUGAACAACUAAUAUAAUGAAAGAACAUGUGCUGUAUACAACUUACUUAUGCAAAGAAACCUCCCAAUAGUCUCGGAGAAUUGGAUAAACUUCGAAUAAAAUAGACAAUAGUAGUUCACGCCAUUCUCAACAACCACCAAAUACAUUUCAAAAAUAUUCAAAUAUUACAAAACAGCUUCUCCAAUUAUAAAGAAAAGAGAGUAGCUGAAGCAUUCCAUAUAAUCCCUAAUAAUACUGCUCUCAAUAAAAUACAAGGCCUUACCAUACAUCCUACUUGAACGAUCUAUCUGAACCACCUAGUCUCAUAUUAUUCACAAUUCACACUAUUAACUUACAUACAAAUUGAACUCUAUCAUAUCUCACUAUAAACUUCAUACAUUUUUCAUCCUUAAUCGUGCACACAUACACACACACAACUUUACAUACAUGUCGUUUGUGGAUCACCUUGACCGAAAUGACAUGACAUUGAUUGAUCACAUGAAUAUUAUUGUGUUGUUCCGUCGUACUAUUUAGACUUUUGAACUGGUUAUUUAUUCUUUGAAGAAGUGACUUACAUUGAUUCACGAAACGUCAGAAAAUCUAAUUUAUCUACUCACUGGGAUAUUACAAAUAUAUUAUUUUAUUUAUAACAAGCUACUCAAUACUCAAUUCAUUCGCAAUUAUCAAGUCAAACCUUGGUAAUGAUACCUACAGUUUAAUUCAUAUUCUCUUUCUGAAUAAAAAGCUCUAAUUAAAAGAAAUAAUAUUCAGAAUAUUAAAACUAGACUAUAUGUUAGGUUAUUAUCUUUCUAUAUAAAGCAUAGUAAUUAUAAAUGAAAGAUUAAAAUAAAUAUAUUUGUAGUGAACAAGAACACGGGUGGGGAUAAACGGAUGUAUUUAGCACAACAAUUACAGUCUAUCUCAACAAAAUCUGAAUACCAUAUAGUCAAUCGUCAAUUUGCAAAAUAUUCAUGCAUCAAUUCAAACUGGACUGUUUCUGUUGCAAACACCAAUCCAUUGUCUCCCAUUCGAUUGUUCAUGCAUUUUCUUACAAAUUCCAAUGUGUUCUCGCUCUACCUUUCUUGAUCUUCGCCAUCUUCCGCUGCCAGACAUUACGUUCCUUUAACGCACGUUAUAUACUACUUAUAUCAAUAUAAGUAGCUCACACUACAAUACUAAGUGAUAAGUUAUUAAUAGAUUCCAUCUUUUACUGUAUUUGUUACUAUCGUGUUUUUCUUUCUUUCUUUUUCAUAGAUUUAUGUUACAUUAUUUUGUUCAUUCGUACACAGAAUUAAUUUUUUUUCUCACUUACUAAAUCAUUUUACAUUUUCUCUUCGAACUAAUGAACAAAAUAAAACACACACAAAGUUUUCUCCACUUUAUUAGUAAUAUACAAUGAAAUUUUUCUCAUUUACAUGGGCGUAACCUUAACUUAAGUGUCUUUCAUAAAUGAUUGACAUGAGUUGUGAGUAAUUUAAACAAAUAAAUAGAGAAAUUUUUUUU